CCCUCGGGCCCCCAUCAUCGUCACCAUCGCGCCGGGGCGCUGCCGGACGCCAGUCCUGCGAUUUCGCCCGUGGGCAUAACCGUUGGAACGUGCUUGUUGUACAGACCAGUGGCGCCCCUCCAGCUUCCUCUGCUACUGCCGCCGUCGCUGCUACUGCCGUGCUCCCAGCCCGUCUUCUCCAGCUGCUGCUGCCGCCGCAGCCGCACACGCCACCAUGGGUCUCAUCACCAAUGUGCUCCUGGCGCCCAUCAUUGGCCCGCUGCUGCCCUUCAUCCUGCUGGCCAAGCUCUUCCUGUCGCUGGCCUUCCUGCCCGUGUUCAUCUUCUUCUCGCCCAUCCUCAUCCCGCUGUGGUUCGCCAAGGUGGCCUUCCGCACCAUCACCUGCCUGCUGCUGCUGCCGUUUGCGCCCAUCCUCAUCCCGCUCAAGGUGCUGCGGUGGAUUCUGUGAGGCUGCUGCCGUAGCCGGAAUGGGCAGCUUUACCGUAGCCAGGCAGUUGUGGGAUGUUCGUAAAUGAGGGGGCUGCAACGGUUGGCCAUUGAUGUUGUCCUGAUCAUGGGAACGGAGGUGUGCCGAGAUUGGUGUCGGUUGAGUGCGGACAGCGGUGAGUGCGGCCGGCUGCGUGGCCAUCUCGCCACUGUUGCUGCUGGAUGGGGCGAGGCCGCAGGGGCGUGUAUGUUGGUGGUUGAUAGUAUCAGGGAAAAGCGCAGACAAGUUUUGGACCAGCAAGCAACCUGCGCGUGCACAGGCAUCGGACGACAGUGUUGGGAUGUAUUUCAAAAGCGCCGUUGCACAGGUGCGGACAUCCAUCCAGGAGACCAAUUUUGGCAUCUCUUCUAUAAGCGAAAUGGAAAUCACUUGUAGUCGAUCGUGUAAAGCUCAAGGCCG